AUGACCUCGGCUCUACGACAGAUUGUCGCUGGGCCAAGGGUGAGACACCCCGAGGCAAAGCUGGACCUGUGCUAUGUCACCGACUCCAUAAUAGUUACGUCCGGCCCCUCCCAGACGUGGCCGCAGCGGGCGUACCGCAACCCCCUCGACAAGCUCAAGGCCUGGCUGACGGCCAAGCACGGCGACGACUGGGCGAUAUGGGAGUUUCGCGCCGAAGGCACGGGGUACCCCGACGAAGCUGUCUUCGGGAGAGUAUGCCACUACCCGUGGCCGGACCACCACCCCCCGCCGUUUCGCCUGGUGCCCCCGAUCAUGGCGAGCAUGAGGAACUGGCUGCACGGCGGUGCCCUGCAUGGGGGGCCGUCGUCGUCGGAGAAUCACGGCAAGAGAGUCGUCGUCAUUCACUGCAAGGCCGGCAAGGGCCGCUCGGGGACCAUUUCGUGCAGCUACCUCAUCUCGGAGGAGGGCUGGGCGGCGCAAAAGGCGCUCGACCACUUCACCAAGCGGCGCAUGAAGGAGGGCUUCGGGCCGGGCGUCUCGAUACCCUCGCAGCUGCGGUGGGUGGGCUACGUCGACCGCUGGAAGGACCACGGCAAGCAGUACGUCGACAGGCCGGUGGAGAUUGUCGAGGUCCAGGUAUGGGGCCUGCGGGCCGGCGUCGACGUCGUCGUGAGCGGCUUCGUGGAGGAGGGCAAGAGGAUGCAAAAGUUUCACAAGUUCGGCCCCGAGGAGAGGGUGGUUGUGGAGGCGGGCGAGCCGCCGAGGAGCGGGCUGGUCGACACGCUCUUGGGCCUGGUGGGAUACCCGGCGGACAAGGGCUCCCAGCAGGCGGAAUCGGCUGACGAGGCGGGCGUCGAGCGGAAGCAUACUGCUGGUGAGGCGGGCGGUUCGGGUGGCCCGGGGGACAAGACGAGGCACGAGCCGGCGGGCAGGGAGACGGGGCCGGCGCAGAAGGGGCAGUCGGCUGGUGGUGGUGUUGGGGACGGCAUCGACAAGACGAAAUCCAAGACGGGCAGCAGCAGAAGCAGCAGUGCUAGCCGCAGCAACAGUGUCCUUGACGGGGAGCAGCCGGGCGGGAUGGCGGUGGUGUUUAGACCGGCGCGGCCGAUUCGCAUACCGAACAGCGAUGUGAAUAUCGCCGUGAAGCAACGGACCCGGACGCACAAGAGCUUGAGCUGGACUGUGGUGUCGUCCGUGGCGCACGUGUGGUUCAACACAUUCUUUGAGGGCCGGGGCCCCGAGCAGGGGGCGGAAAAGGCAGACGAGAGCGGCGCCUUCACGAUAGAGUGGGAGGCCAUGGACGGCAUCAAGGGCUUCCCCUGGAAGGGAUCGAGGGCGCUGGAAAAGAUGAGCGUCGUGUGGAAGGUGGCUGGCGAUGGCGACAAGGGGGGCGAGGAGAUUGUCGAGCCUGGGGAAGGGGAGCCGGUGCCGCAGGUUGCGGCCGCCGACUGGAGAGGGACUGCGGACGUGGAGGGCGGCAAGGGCGAGGAGGAUUUGAGCGUGGAGCGGUUGGAUGACGGCGACGGCGACGGGAGUGGUGAUGGGGAGGUCUUGGAGGGUUUGAAGUCUUCGGGGCCCAGGGGCGAGGAUUUGGUGCUCGACACGGAAGACGGGAAGAGGUAG